AUGAGACGCUAUGUCGCCAUAGGGAUGAACUAUGGUGAUGUAGCUUGUUGCUAUGGUGACAUAGCAUUGGCAACACCCCAUGCUCUUGCUGGCCAUGAUGCUGACCCUCCUGGCCCUGGUGAUGAUGAGCUGAGGCUGAAAAAUGGAAGCAGCCCCUGUGCCGGCAGAGUGGAGAUUAAACACGAGGGCCAGUGGGGAACGGUGUGCGACGGUGACUGGGACAUAGAGGAUGCUGAGGUUGUUUGUAGGCAGGUUGGAUGUGGAUCUGCUGUCAGUGCCCAUGGCUAUUCUUAUUUUGGGGAAGGUGCUGGACAGACUUGGCUGUAUCGAGUUGAUUGUCAAGGCAAUGAGUCAGCUCUCUGGAACUGCUCACACAUAGGAUGGGGGGCAUUUAAUUGCCCUCAUUAUUUUGAUACUGGAGUGAUAUGCUCAGGAUUUACUGGGCUUCGGCUGGUUGGAGGAGCCACUACCUGUUCAGGACGUGUUGAAGUAGAACAUGGAAAAAGCUGGGAGACAGUCUGUGAUUCACAUUUUGAUCACAAAGCUGCUACUGUCAUCUGCAAUGAAUUAGAGUGUGGAUGGGCUCUAGCCCCCCUAGGAGGAGCUCACUUUGGAGAAGGACAUGAUCUGAUCUGGAAGGAAGAAUUCCAGUGCAUGGGGAAUGAGUCUCACCUCACACACUGCCACAGGGUGUUCCUUCCUAAUAUGACAUGCUCCCACUCUGAUGACGUCAGUGUUAUAUGCUCAGGAUAUGGAGGAUACAGGCUGGCAAAUGGCACAAGGUGUUCAGGGAGAGUGGAGCUUCGUCAUGGGGGCACCUGGGGAGCCCUCUGUGACUCCCAGUGGGAUUUCCAGGCUGCCAAUACCCUCUGCCAGAAGCUGGACUGUGGAGUUGCCUUAUCAAUCCCAGGAAGGGAGCUCUUUGGGAAGGGAGAUGGGCCUGUCUGGAAUGGCACCUUUGGCUGUGAAAGGGAUGAAUCCCGCAGGAGGGACUGUCUUGUGACUGCGCUGGGUGCUGCAGAGUGUCCCCGUGGGAGUGCAGCCAGUGUGGUGUGUUCAGGAUGCCCAGGUGGAAGGUUAGUGAAUGGCACCGAGUGCUCUGGGAGAGUAGAGAUUCGAUAUGGAGACACAUGGGGAACCCUCUGUGGUUCCCAAUGGGAUCUGCAAGCUGCCCAUGUCCUGUGCCGUCAGCUGAGGUGUGGUGAUGCCAAGUCAAUACUGAGAGGUGCCCAUUUUGGGGAAGGGGAUGGAACUUUAUGGAGAGAUGUAUUUCACUGCGAAGGGACUGAGUCCUGCCUAUGGGACUGUGCUCACGCUGCACUGGGCAAUCCCUCCUGCUCUCCAAGAGAAACAGCCAGUGUUAUCUGCUCAGGUCACUCUCAGUCACUGAGACUGUUGAAUGGAGAAAGCCGGUGUGAUGGGCGAGUUGAGAUUGCCUUUGGCGACAUGUGGGGCAGAGUCCUGGAUGAUCAGUGGGACAUGAAGGAUGCCAGUGUGGUGUGCAGGCAGCUCCAGUGUGGAGUUGCUGAAAAAGUCUAUAUCCCCCUGAAAUAUGAACGAGGGACAGGCCCCGUAGGGCUGAGAAAUGUCCAGUGUGCAGGAAAUGAGUCUCAUCUGAUGCUCUGCAGUCCCUUUCUGUCUGAGACAAGGCAAGCAGGAAUCACUGAGGAUGUUGGCGUUGUUUGCUCAGAAAGCAGGAGGAUCAGACUGAUAAAUGGGCCAGGUCGCUGUGCUGGGAGAGUGGAGAUUUACUACCAGGGCAUCUGGGGAACAGUCUGUGAUGAUUUCUGGGACAAGUCAGAUGCUGAUGUAGUUUGCAAACAGCUGGGAUGUGGACAUGCAAUCGAGGCAGCUCUCUCUGCUCAUUAUGGAGGAGGCUCAGGGCAGAUCUGGCUGGAUGAUGUGAAUUGCACUGGGAGUGAAUCCAAGUUCUGGGAGUGCCCUUCCAGGGGAUGGGGUGAGCACAACUGCAGACACAGGGAGGAUGCAGGAGUGCUUUGCUCAGAGUUCACGGAUCUGAGGCUAGUAAAUGGUGAUGGCUGUGCCGGGCGGCUGGAGGUUUUCUACAAUGGUAGAUGGGGGAGCAUUUGCUCCAAUCAGAUGACUCGAGUCACUGCAGCAAUUAUAUGCAGACAGCUGGGAUGCGGAGAUGGAGGGGACCUUGCAAGAGAUUUUGCAUAUGGCAAAGGUUCUGGCCCCAUGUGGCUGGACCACAUUGGAUGCCAUGAAAAUCACCAAUCCCUUUGGCAGUGCCCAUCAAAAUCAUGGGAUCCUCAGUCAUGUAAUAACCGAGCAGAAGAGACCCAUAUUUCUUGUACUGGUAUAAAAGAGAAAACAACUCAGACCCCAUUUACUGAAUGCCCAUACUCUACCAGUUGCACAGACAAGGAGAAGCUUCGUGUUGUAGGAGGAGAGGAUGUAUGCUCGGGGAGAGUGGAGGUUUGGCACCGUGGCUCUUGGGGAACGGUGUGUGAUGAUUCCUGGGACAUGGCAGAUGCGGAUGUUGUGUGUAAACAAUUGGGCUGUGGACCUGCUGUGUCUGCCCUGAAUGAGUCUGCAUUUGGGAAGGGGACUGGUCCCAUCUGGCUGGAGACAGUGAGCUGUAGAGGGGCAGAGUCAUCUCUUUGGGAGUGUCCAGCCCAACCCUGGGGUGAUAGUAAAUGCCACCAUAAGGAAGGUGCUGCUGUGAACUGUUCCGGUGCAAUAAAGACAACAGCAUCCCCACUGAAAACAGAUUUUCCCCGCCUCCCUCCAUCAAACACUGGGAGAAACAUGUUGCCCAUUGUCAUUUGCAUUGUCCUGGGAGCCCUCCUAUGCUUAGUCUUAAUUGUUUUGUGGGGACAGGUGCGACGCAUGAGGGCACUGCGCAGAGGCUCCAAAAGACCCUUGGAUCCCUUGUCUGAGGUUGUAUAUGAAGAGAUUGAUUAUAAUGUGAUGGCAAAGAAGCAGAACACAUUCUAUCAUUCAGUCUCCAAUUCAGAGGAUUCUAUGACAAAGUUGCAGUAUUACACUGGGGACAGCGAGGAUGGAAGUGAUCCAGGAUCAGUACAAGGUGCCACAAGAGAUGGUUAUGAUGAUGCCAGAGAAAUUUUUGAUCCAGACGAUGGUUCUGGUUCUGCACAGAUUGACCAGGAAGUUCCUAUGGCCCCAGAAGAAAGUAAUAGGAUGAGGGAUUCACAGUCAGGUUGGAGUCUGCACUCACUAACAAGUGAAGUGGCCUCUGGAGCUGAGAAAGCAGAUUCAUCCCUGCCUCUUGGAGAUGCACAUUAUGAUGAUGUUGAAGAUGGCAUCCCUGUGACACUGACAUAAGAAUGGCUGAGUUUAGAGCAAAUACCCUAGGAAGACAUAGACGUUGGCUGGUUGAAAUUUUUUCUUUUCAAAAUGCUCACAUUGUGUCAUCAAUGACAAUCCCUGCCUAUGGCCUAGAUGCCAGCCUUUUUG